AUGUCUCUUACGCUGAAACUCUCCUCACUCGUCAUCCGGACACUGUCCAAGCCCAUUGCGAAUCAAAUCAAAGCACAGGCCCGCGAACAUGAACGCUUCCGACGGAUAUGCGUAUCUAUGGCGCAGUCGCUCCACCGAAUGGACAUGCGCUUACGUCUCGGUCUCUUGCGCGAUACCACCACCGCACAACGACGAGCAGCUGCUGAAGCCGCAGCCCGGAAACAUAAGCCCACCACCCCGACCGUGAAAACAGAAGCAGAGACCAAAGCGGAAGCAGAUGCAAUAGCAAAAGCAAAGGCCGCGGCGACGGAAGCAGACAAACCAGCACCGAAGCCUCAUAUCCGUCCGCUAUCCGAGUCGAAAGCCAUUGAAUCGGGAGCAUCGUUCAUAAGCGAGUCUUUCCUAUUCAUAGUGGCUGGUGGGUUGAUUGUAUACGAGUCUUGGAGGUCUAGAAGGAAGGAGACUACACGGCGGGAGGAUGUUGAGUCUCGAUUGGUUGAGCUAGAGCAGUCAGAGAAAGCUGCCCGGAGGGCCUUGGUGGCUCUUGAAACAGAGCUGUUACAGCAAAAGGCCAAGAAUGGCACGUUGUCGUUGAAGGCACCAUCUCGGAUUCUGCCGCGUGAGGUGUGGGAGGUUGAACAAAAGGAAGAGGCUGAGGAUGCUAAAGAGGAGGGAUGGCUGUCGCAGAUCGGAUCAUACGUUUCGUCUCUCUGGGACUCUGUGAGUAACCCGCAGGGUCCUGCUACGCAAGAGAAUAAAGUUCCAGCCUCGAAAGAGACCUCUAAGGCUCAGUCAGAGAGCUCAUCAGUUGAUCAAGCUGAUAAGGAUACCCAGACCAAGACCUCUUGA